CAAAUAAUUUGAGGAAAACAGGCUGUAUGACAAAACAAUGCUGUUUGAGAUGGGAUCUAUCUGGAGAGCAAUUUUUGUUUUGUCAAUACUGUGUACUAAGACGUUACAGUUCAGCAAACUGAAGAAACCCUCUUCUGUUAAUGGAUGUUAUCAAAGUUCCAAUCAUGACACUUUCUUUUGGAGCAUUUCAGGUGACAAUCUGUACAUCAACAUAACAGCCAAAGUUACUGAAGAUGAGUGGAUAGCUCUGGGGUUGAGCGAUGAUACUAGAAUGGGAAAUGAUGAUGUUGUUGCGGUCUAUAAAAACAUGUCUACUCAGUUAUUCUCCGCAGCUUCUCUCCUUGAUCCUCAACAUUAUAGUUCAACUGUGUUUCAAAAGGUAGACAGUAUACUGAGUAGUUCAGCCUCUUAUAAAGAAGGUGUAGUUACAGCGAAUAUAACAAAAUCCAUUGCACUCUCCUAUCCCUUUAGGACAUUGAACAGCACUCCAAUUUACCUGUUUUUUGGCCGUGGAAAGAUAAGGCACAACAAACCUGGGUACCCUCUGCAUGAACAUAGACACAAUCCAUUCUGCAGUGAUAAACCUGUCUCUCUCUUCAAAGACAAACGAUAUUGCAUCACUGAAACUCACAAACUCCUCAAACUUCAUGGUAUUCUGAUGGUCGUGGCGUGGUUAUACUUGACACCCCUAGCAGUUUACAUUGCCCGAUAUGGCAAGGACUUCUUUGAAAGACCCUCAUUCUGGUUUUUGAUGCACAAAUGGGGCAGUAUCUUGUCAGGUGUGGUAGUUAUAGUGUCAGUUGUUUUGGCUUUUGUUGCACUACAAACAUUCGAGUUUGAGCUUCACCAGAUUAUUGGAAUUGUAGUGUUAUUACUGCUGCUAUUUCACGUGGUUCUUGCUUUCUUCCGACCUGCUCCCGAUACAAGCUAUAGAAGAGCCUGGGAAAUCAUACACAGAAUCACAGCUUUUCUCCUCUUUCUGGGGAGUCUCACAAAUAUCGUAGAUGGUUUAUACAUGUUAGACGCCCAUAGUGCUAGCUAUGUUGUAAUAUCUCUGCAACUCUUGGUAUUCGGCAUAAUCUCCAUUACCCUGGAAAAUCCUGAACUAGUGGUGAAUUGUACCAGUAGAGCCUGCGUGUGUCUCAAAUCGUGCCCUACUCUCUACUACGUCCUGAAUCUAGGAGGAACUUCCAAACGUAGCUUGAUAAAGUUGGCAACACAGCAACAUGGCACUAUAUUGAAACCCAAAUCUGCUAAUGGGUGUUAUCACGGAGAUGAAGGAACUUUCUUUUGGGCCAUUUCAGGAGACGAUUUGUACCUAAACAUAACAGCUACAAUAAAGGAGACUGAGUGGGUAGCUAUAGGCUUCAGUAACGACACUCUUAUGGGAUAUGACGAUAUUGUAGCAGUCUAUAAAGACUCUUAUGCUCAGUCCUUCAUCGCAGCUCCCCUUUUUGACCCUCAUGGUUAUAGUUCAACAAUAUUUCAAGAAGAGUUGGAGACUAUUGCAGAUAGUUCCAUAACUUAUAAAGAUGGAAUAGUUCAAGCGAACAUCACGAAAUCUAUCGAACUCUCGUAUCCCUUUGAUACUUUACACAAAACGCCAGUCUAUCUGAUGUUCGGAAUAGGUAAUAUCAGACCAGAAGACGAGGGAGGCGAUAUAAAGCCGUUAUACAUGCACCAUGUUAACCCGACUGUUAGCCGGGACCUUGUACCCUUGUAUAGGAAUACUCCUAGAUGCAUCUCUACUCAGACCCACAACCUUAUCAAAGUUCAUGGUAUUCUCAUGGUACUCGUUUGGUUAAACUUAACACCGUUAGCCGUGUUUAUUGCGCGGUAUGCUAAGUACUACUUCAAGAGACAGACGUUGUGGUUCUCUAUUCGCAAGUACACUGGGUAUUUAUCAGGUAUUCUGGUGGUAGCAGCUGUGAUUGUAGCUUACAUUGCUCUCGAAACAAUAGAGUUAGAACGGCAUCAGCUUCUGGGGAUAUCAGUUUUAGUGGUGCUUGUUGUUCACAUCAUCAUGGCAAUCUUCAGACCGCCUCUCGAAGCCAGGUAUAGAAGACUUUGGGAAGUGGUGCACAAGAUUACAGCUGGUUUACUUUUUAUGGGGAGCAUUACAAAUAUUGUUAACGGUCUGUCCAUGUUAAAUGCACAUGAGUCAUGUUACUACGUGAUAUCAACACAGAUCACUGUCUACUGUAUUCUCUUCAUCGUUCUUGAGAAUCCUCAACAGGUUGGAAGGUUCAUGAGCAAAGUGUGUAUCUGUUUGCGUAUCUCGCCCCAUUUCUACUAUUCCCUCAACACCCAAUACAAGGACGACAGUGACGAAACUGACUGUGACGACAUUACCAUGGUUACCAUGGACCUAGACAACACAGGCAGUAGAUCUACUUUUGUUCAGUUUGGGUUGUGUACUGCUGUUAUUAUAAACUCUAUUGUUAGUGUAACUAUUAUAUCUGCUCUGGUGAACACUUAAAAGAAUUUUAAGUAUGAUUGGGGAAUUUAAU